AUGUAGAGAAGGAAACCGCCGAGCAGACAGAAGUAAACAAUCCACAAGAGUACGGCGCUCUAAGCAUGCUUCUCAGAUGUCCUUGCACAGAGUUAACAAACCUCACAGGUGGGAGACUACAGCAAAUAUUCCGAACUCGGCAGGGGCUGAGGCACAACAGUCAAAGAGAAAAAGGAGGCCGAAGAAGAAAGCAAAAAAGAAGGCGGAGGCGCAGGCGCUUCAUAAUGAGCAAAUGCUUGCCGCACAAAGGGAGGAAAUCCGCCCUCGAAGGAUCAAGAGCCCUAAGAUAAUGCUUCCUGGGCCCAAGCCAACCGACGAAUACCUCAACGCUGCAGCCCAGGAUUUCUACGUUGUUGAUCCUCCACGCCGAAUGCUCGUGAUUCUCGAUCUGAACGGUGCCCUUGUCCAUCGCCCAGACAACAAUCCAAGGAAGACAGUGCCCCGCCCGUUCCUCGCGCCCUUCCUCGACUUCCUCUUCGACAACUUCUGCGUCAUGGUAUGGUCGAGCGCGCGGCCGCAAAACGUAGCAAGGAUGGUAGACAGUGUUCUUCCUCCCAAGCAUCGGAGUGGGUUAGUUGCUCGCUGGGACAGAUCUCACUUCAAACUCACCCCCGAGCAUUACGCGCAAAACGUUCAAGUUUACAAGGAUCUUAAUCUGGUGUGGACAGCCGAAUCAAUCCAACCGCAACCAAGCGAUGCCGACGAUGUCGUCCGCUGGGACCAAUCGAACACCAUCCUCGUCGACGACACCGCGCUCAAAGCCCAAGGCCAACCCUACAACCUCGUCGAGAUCCCUGAAUUCACAAACACCCCCGCGCAACAGGGUUGCGACAUCCUCCGCGAGGUGGCCAGUUAUCUGCAAACUGCCAGAAUGCAGGUGGAUGUUUCCAGGUUCAUCAAAAAUUACCCUUUCAAGGCGGACGGCACCUGGAAAUUCGACUGGCCGGACGACCUCGCCAAUGUCCCCGUCGCAGGAAUGGAACCUCUGCACCCUACUCCUCGCUACGAGUAGUAUCUACAUGAUCGAGACGGCCAACAGUAUCGGCAUGUCUCCACAUGUGACAACGCCUUUUCCAGAUCGCCAUCGACAUCGUCAUCUCGCAUUGUAGUCGCGAAAGCGGCAUUGACGCGGGCGCUGAUAGCGCCACGAAGGCAGCCUGCGGAGUGGCUUGUGUAAUUGGAG